GCCCUCCCCUGUGACCUCAGCUCAUCUCCAUGGACACAGCUCAAACACACAGAGCCAGCCAGCAGCAAGCUGGGCGCCGUGGGACCGGAGAAAACCUGGGAGCAGGGAAGUUUUUCAGUUUGAUUGGGAUAUGGCAUCCAAAACAAAGAAGAGCAAGGAUGAAGAGGCGCCCCAAGAAAGCAGUGACAAUGAGGACCCCGUUCGGGAGAGGAGGCUGUACCUGCAGGAAGAAUGCAGGAUCCUCACGCAGCACCUGGACACCUACCUGGGAAGGGCGGAGCAGCUCCUGCAGGGCAUCAAACACCUGGAGAAGGAAGCCCAGGGCACCCAGGAGCAGAGCCAGUCUUACCUGAGCUGCGGAGCAAAGCUCAGCCAGGACCCCCCGGGCAUGGUCAUCACCCUGAACGAGCAGAACUGCCGAGAUCUGGCCCAAAUCCAGGCGCAGAAGGAGGAGCUGGUGCCGCGCUAUGCUGGCAAGGAGCAGGAGGUGCGGAGCGCCCUGCAGGACACGGAGGCCGAGGCCUCGCGCCUGGACACGGAGCUGGAGCAGCUGGAGCCCUACAAGGAGCAGAAGGUGCAGGCGGAGCAGAGGGUGAAGGCGCUGGAGAAGGAGCUGCGGGUGACCAGGAUCCGCUGUGCUGAGGAGACCCACGCCGUCAGGAGCAGGUUCCUGCGGGAAAAGGCCGAGUGCGAGCAGGAGUUCCAGCAGAGGAUGCAGCAGCUCACCUGGGGGGCAGAGGAGGUGGCGCUGAAGGCUCUGAUCCAGCACGUGGAGCAGGUGAAGGCCGAGAACAGGCUCCUGCGCCACGAGCUGAUGGGGCUCCUCCAGCACUGCCAGCUCCUCAGGGACACCAGGAUCCGGCUGCAGGACCAGCAGGAGCAGCUGCUCCGGGAGAAUCGCUGUGCCCAGCUCACGCCAGUGCACCGCCGCAGGGACAACCUGCCCUGCUCGCCCGUCAGGGCAGGCCACUGACCCCAAACCACCCCAAACCACCCAGCCCUGACCUGCAGAAACCAAGCAGGGAAGCAACCAAAUCCUUCUGCCAGUGGGAGCACUGAAGGCUUUGAGCUCUUGUCGCAAGGAUCCAUCAAAUACAUGUAUGGACUAGA